AUGGCUCCCCUGUCUUUAGCAAAAGCCACCAUUAUUUCUGCUGGACUAACAUGCAUUCUUUACGGUUUUUCGCUCUUUAUGUUCGGGUUCACUCUCUGGGUGCUCGUCAACGGGAGACCAAUCGAGGGACUCCUCGACCAAUCCUCUCCCCAUGAAUUCUUUAUGGACAAAUCCUCCGCGACGUUCAUUCUGAUACUCGUCAUGUAUGGACUUCAGACGAUAACGGGAGAUGGGGUACUUAUAUAUCGGUGUUAUGUCGUAUGGCAAGGUCGACUCGUUGUGAUCCUUGUCCCGGUAUCGCUGUUCUGUGGUUUCCUAGGCACAUCCUUCACGGGCAUCUGGGCCUAUGCCCUAAAUCAUGCGCAGCUCGGUUUUAUUCUACUCGUAUCGUGUGCUUGCUUUUCUAUCCUCACCAACGUCAUCUGUACAACACUCCUAGCCUACAAGUUGUGGAAAUUCCACUCAUACAUCCUUCCGCCCAUUGAAGCAUCAGGAACGAGAUCCCGCAGGUCUCCACUCCUUCCGGUCAUCUAUGCUAUUGUCGACGCCGGCGUUUUGUACUCCGUGACACUCGUAACGACGUUACAGACUGUUCCUCUGAUCGCAAUCAUAUUCUACGGUGUCAUCAUCCGAGUAGGGUUGGGUAAGGCCUCGACCGACCGUGAUAUGCCGGAGAAUACUGGGGGCAACGCCGGAGUCUUGAGUACCAUCGUGUACAUCAAUAAUCAGGAGACUCAAAGGACCACUGCAGCCGGACACGAUGAUGCGAACGAGACAGGGAUGACUAUCGCACUGGAGAGCUCAAUGGAUUCGGUGUCGACUUGA